CGGGGGAUCCCCGGGGCGCGGGGCCGCCCUCGGCAGCGUGGAGCCCGUCGGGGGGCGGCGGGGCUCGGUGCGGCUCCGCGGGCUCCGGGGGCUGCGCGCCCCGGCCCGGCCCGGCCCUGCCCACCAUGACCAUGAGCUCCGUGGCCGAGAGCUUGCUGGGGUCCGACCCGUCCAAAGCCGCUUUCCUGGAGCUCGGCCACCCAUCGCCGCCGCACUACCCGCUGCACGGCCUCCACCCCGCCAGCCACCCCCAGCACGACCCAGCGCCCUUCGCCUCCUACGGCCGGCCCGGGCCUUACCCCUACCCCGGCGGUGCCCCCCCGCUCCCUCACGGAGGGCCCUACCUGCCCUACCCGCCCCCCGGCACCCAGCACCCCCCGGCCCAGCUGGCCCACGGCGCCAGGCUGCAGGAUGCAGACCACGAGAAGCCCCUGGCCAUGGCCAACGGGGAGCUGCGCAUCAGCAGCAAGGGCAAGAAGCUGCGCAAGCCGCGCACCAUCUACUCCAGCCUGCAGCUCCAAGCCCUCAACCAGCGCUUCCAGCAGACCCAGUACCUGGCGCUGCCGGAGCGCGCCGAGCUGGCGGCUCAGCUGGGGCUCACCCAGACCCAGGUCAAGAUCUGGUUCCAGAACAAGCGCUCCAAGUACAAGAAGAUCAUGAAGCAGGGCUCCAGUGCUCCUGAUGGGGAGCACCUCCAUAACACUGCCUCCCUCUCCCCCUGCUCCCCCAACAUCCCUCCUCUCUGGGACAUCCCCAUGCCGGGAAAAGGACCCCCCCUGUCCUCCAGCAGCUACAUCAACAGCUUUGGAGCCUGGUACCAGCCUCACCCACAGGACACCAUGCCCCGGGCCCCCAUGAUGUGAUGCUGCCGUUGGCUCCAGCACUUGCCAGCACUGGGAGGACCAGUGAGGGGGAUGCUCUGUGGCCACCGCCAAGGGACUGGGGAGCCCAGCGAAGCCUUGGGGGACCUCAGCAAAUGGAGAAGGAGGAAGAGGAGGAGGAAGGCGACCGCAGCCUGCAGGAACCUGUGAAUUACUUGCUCCAUCGUGGUCCAAAGUGAUGCAGCUCCGGCACAACACCUUGAUGUCACCAUCCCGAUGGGAUAGGACUUGGCCUCCAGUCGCAGCCCUGGGUCUCUCUGUUCAUAGACAGGGGGCAUGGGGGGGACUGGAGAGAGGCUGGGGGGGUCCCCAGACCCCCCCUGGCCUGGCUUUAUUUAUAAAUACCGUCCAUUAUUGUAUGC